CGACUGCUGACGAUUGACGAUUACCAUUGUUUAUUUUCUUGUGCUAAUGAGAAAUUUUGGGGGAAAAUGGCGUCUGGCAAAACGUUAACAAAAGGCAAAAGCGGGCUGCGAAUGCUCCCAAAUGACGAUAAAGAUCGCUCUCCUUUCACGAUAGAGGAACCACCGUGGCAACCGGACGAAAAAGUUUGUGUAUUUUCGUUUUUAGCUUGCGAAUUUUUGGUCAAACACUCAAACGUAUUAGACAAUAAACGUAGUGUUCAUAUGGUUGCCUGUGGUGUUUUGCUAGAAUUUUUUAUUGAAAUGUCUUGUUUUUAGUAUACCUCGUGCGUGAAAUGUAAAGGUUCUUUUGAUUUCUGGAAAAGAAGAGUGAGUGUGAAUGUGUUGAUUCAGUAGGCCUGAUUGUUCUUGGCCUGAUAUUGUAUUAGAAGCAAUUUGGUCAAAUCAAAUGAUUAUGAUAUUUAGCAUAGACCCCUUUCCUUUUUUUACAUUUCACUGGCAGGCAAAUGUCUUUAAAAAGCUCACGAGAGAGCUUCAUAAUUGUGCAUUGUAGAAACACAAUUGAGAACAUGUUCUUUUGUUUCAUUGGAAUUUGCCUGCCAGAGAAAGGUAAACAAGGCAAGGGUCUGUUAAUUAACUAGUCUAUAUGGUUGGCCAAGUCAGGCAUGGAUUGACACUGGAAUGAAUGGGCAUGCCUCUUCACCACAUGACGGCGAUUGCACAUGGUAGUGAUGAACAUCAAUCAUGGUGACACAUGGCCAACGCUCUCCCCUUGAUGAGUAAAAUUGUCUGGCGUUAGACAGUAAAAUAAUUAACCCAAACCUAUUUGCUUUUUAUCCAAACUGAAAGCUUAACCUUUAUUUCCAUGUUUUAGCAUCACUGUAGAAGAUGUGGCAAUGUAUUUUGCGGGACGUGUUGCGAUCAGAAAGUUCUUCUACCGAGACUAAAUUUUGUUGAUCCAGUGCGAGUGUGUGAAGAAUGUGCUGUUGUGGCAAAGAAAGAAAAUGAAUUUUUUGAUAAAUCAUUAAAAGUCUUGAUUCAUGGUACUGAAUGACUGUCAUAUUGGGUCAUUCCAGAAAACAUCCAUAUCUCCCCCACAAAGGAAAUUGGAUGUUAACCCUAUCCCCCUUCGGAUGUCCUAAUACACUUACUAUUAUCAGAAACAAAUUUUUCUCCCCCUCCAGACGGCAGAAAUUUCCACCAGACGGCAGAAAUUUCCUCCCUAGGGCAGGGUGGAUCUUUUCUGGAAUGACCUGUUGAAGUAAUAAUCUGCCUUGCUUUGAAAAAAGUUAGAGUUAUUAUAACCUUAACAAGCUGAUAGGGUGCAACUAGGUGAAAAAUAUAAGGAUAAUUUUGACUUUUUUGGAGUGAAGGCCCUUGAGAUGAAGCUAUAAUUAGCAUUUGGCUGCCAUCUGCUGCUAUAAUGCUUUAUAAUGAAACCUACCUACAGUAAAGCAAUUAAAUCAACAUUCCCUUUCAGGGGCAGAUUUUUAUGUUGGCGAAUCUUCAGAAGAGACAGUACAUUGUAAACUCAAUCACAAAAAUCACAGGUCUGAUGCUGCAAAAUAAUUACUGUUGCAUUCAAAUUGGUUAAACAUUAAAUUUACAUUGCAAUGUAUGUGAGGAUAGUCAUUGUCAAUAAUGUUUGUAUUUGCACAGAGAAAUCUUAGUUGGCAAAAACCAUGAUGUCAUUGAUUUGACCAAAUUAAUAACUGUGAAGACUAUAUCUGACAAUCCUGAGAGCCAAGGUAAUUUGUUGGUGUGUUAUUUUUGGUUUUGUCUGUUGUUAAUGUUAUGUUUUGUCGUUUUUGUUGUCAUUGUUGCUACUGUUGUUUGGUGUCAUCUGUUCAUAGUGUUGUUGUUGUUGUUACUGUUGUUGCUGCUGUUGUUGUUGUUGUUGCUGCUGUUGUGGCUGUUGUUGUUGCUACUGCUUGGUGUCAUCUGGUCAUAGUGUUGUUCUUGUUGUUGUUGUUCUUGCUGUUGUUGUUGUUCUUGCUGUUGUUCUUGCUGAUGUUGUUGUUCUUGUUGCUGUUGUUGUUGCUGUUGCUGUAACCUGAGAUCAGACUCUAUUUUACAAAUAAUAGCCUGACACAAUCCUUAAUCUGAUCGCUUUCCACCCACAGCAAAGUUCAUAUUUAGUAUCCUAUCAAAAUGUCGCAGGAGAAAUUUAAAUUUCACACAACGACAACAGCAAUCUAAUUAUAGUUGUGAUCACUAUAUUAAAAUAUAUCAACAACAAUAGUAUAAUCUAAUUAGCACCAACCAAUCAGAUGACAGAUUAAAAAAUCUUUUGUCUCAUAAACCAAUCAGAUUUACAACCGCAAUACGGUUGUAAAAACAUGGACUUUUGUUAAGGUUUGUAUCAGGCCUAUUUAUUUAUUUAUAGGCCUGAUUGCAGGUUACUGUUGCUGCUGUUACUGUUGUUGUUGCUAUUGUUGUUUGGUGUCAUCUGUUCAUAGUGUUGUUGUUGUUGCUGCUGCUGCUGCUGCUCAGUGGCGGAAAUUCACUUUUUCCAGUGGGGGGGGGGGGCAAAGCUUCCUAAAUUUCCGACAAAACUUUCAAAUUUCCGACGUACCCCCCCCCCAUUUACACUCGAAAAGACUGUUUUUAGCCCUCUUUUGGGGUCAAAAUUUCCGAAAAUUCGUCAAUUUUCCGUGAAGGUGGGGGACGGCCGCCCCCCUGCCCCACCAAGAUUUCCGCCACUGCUGCUGCUGAUGUUGUGACUGUUGUACUUGUUGUUGCUGCUGUUGUUCUUAUAAUGCUGCAAAAUAUUGCCUUUGUAGGUUCAACAUUGCCUGUAGUCACAGGUCUGAUCUUCAAAUGUAAGAACGAGAGUAAAAACUCGCCAGAAACGAUACAACUUCGAGCUCUGGAACCUCUACAAGACGGCAGGAAGGCGUCACUCAACUGGAUCAUUGCCAUGCAGAAGGUACAGAAAGGGGUGUCAACUGAUAGCUGACAAAUCAUGAAACAACAAUUAGGACUGUUCGGUAUACCGAUAUACCGAAAAUAUCGGUAUUAAAUCAAUAUCGGUAUAUCGGUACCAGAUAUUCAAACAUACCGAUAUACCGACAUUUUGGAUAUACCGGAAUUUUUUGGUAUACCGUGUUAUAUUUACCAACUAUAUGGCGAAACCAUAACCUUUAUUUUACUACUGGAUGGCAAUUCAAAGAAUUUUCUACUGCAAUGAUUUAGAAUUUCCACUUCAGUGAGAUUUUACACUGAGUCUGAGUACGUGCAUGUCGUUCGAAACAGCUUCGAAAUUAUCGUUUUCCCUUUUAGACUCAAACUUCCAUUAAAGAAUUUUCCUUUAUAAUUAUCAAAGGAAAACCGGUAUACCGAUAAUAUCGGUAUAUUUUUUUCGGUAUACCGAUACCGGAAAUUUCUCAUACCGAACAUUCCUAACAACAAUUUGAAACUGCCAUCAUACAACAGUUCACCUUUACUCUUUAGAAAUAAAUGCUGAUCAUGUACUUUUAUCUUAAUUUCCAGGGAAUAAAGAUCUUGUUCGAAGCUGGGAAUUGAGAAAACAAAAGUGUAUUAUCGAUCGACUUGGUGUAAUGAACGUAGUAAAUGGACUUGUUUUUGAUUUGGUUGAUACACUGUGAAUAUAUGUAUCUCAUACAUUAUCUAAUACUGACCUCACUGUCCUGGAGUUGGAAAAGGCGCGGUCAUAUGGUUAUUAUGGGACACCAAUUAUGUUCUGUGUCUAUGGCAUGGGAAAGUCGGGAUUUUUAAGACUAACACAUAAUGACAUAUUACAAUAACCAUACUAGUUUAUAAGAAUAACUGUAUAUUGCUAUAGUGUAUUGAAUAGCUGUGCGGAUAAUCUAGCUUAAUUGAAUGAAAAAGAUUUGUAAAUGCUUCAUAAGACAUAAAUGAUAUCAAUAAAACCGCGCUUCUUGGAU